AUGUCGCUCGCGCGCGUAAUUACGUGCGCGAUUAUUAUCGUCGUCGCGGUAAAUUGUAAAUCGAGUGAAAAUGAGAUUGCGAUCAGUUAUCUGCAAAAAUAUGGGUAUCUGGAUAACAGCGGUGCACAGCGAUUUUCAUCGUCCUACAACACCACGCAGGAGUUACAUCGAGCCGUCUCACUGUUUCAAGAAUUCUAUCGACUACCAGGCGACGGCGAAUUGAACGAAGAGACGCUGAAUCGAAUGGGUAAACCGCGAUGUGGCGUCGAGGACAUUUUGGAGCGCACGUUCGCUCCACUUUCGGACAAAUGGCCGAGGAAACAUCUCAAAUGGAACUUUCAUCUGGCCAACGAUAUAAUCUUGAAAACAACUCGAGCCGCGUUCGAUCUGUGGGCAGCGAAUUCGUCAUUGACGUUCGAGCGCGAUUCGCUGAAUCCCGAUAUUUUGAUAUCGUUUCGUGACGGGCGUCACGCGAUGCUAUACUCCCGACGAAACGAACCGUGUUCGUCUGCGUUCAGAGGUCCUAACGGAGAUGUCGCUCACGCGUUCUUUCCCACCGGAGACCCCAAUUUCGUCUCGGAGGUGCACGUAGACAAAGCGAAGACGUGGCACAUACAGCUGACUAAGAAUCCCCCGGGGACGUACAAUUUACUUCAGACGUUGACGCACGAGAUCGGUCACGCUUUAGGCUUGCCGCACACCUUCCGCGAAGAUUCGAUGAUGUUCGCGUUCGUGCCUGAGAAGACAUUCCCCGUUCAACUUACUCUAGAGGACGUUCUUUCCAUUCAACACCUGUACGGCGCUAAAGAAAACGCUAAAGUUCCAAAAGUAAUAACGACGACGACACCGACGACUACCACAACGACGACAACGAUAGCAACGACGACUACGAAAGACGUCGAGAUGGAUCUGUGCACCUUGCGAAUCGUGGAUACCGUAUUGAUAACGAACGGUCGAUUGUACAUCUCGCACGAACGAUACGUGUGGUCAAUCGAUAUAGACGGGAAAACGUACAAGAAACCCUUGCUAUUGACGGACUACAUGAAAUUUCUUCCUAAGAAUUUCACGCGUCUGACGGCCGCGUAUCAGACGCCCUCGGGCAAUAUCAUGCUGUUCGCGGGCAAUAUGAGCUACAUGAUCACUUAUCCGCGUCUAACGCUAGUUUCAACUUGGCCGAGAUCUUACACAGAUCUCGGAAUUCCCGAUACCGCCAGGAAGGUCAACGCCGUGCUGAACACGAACGAAGGACGAAGUUUCGUUAUAUACGACGAUAAUGUUGUGGGAGAGAUAGACGAUUGUUCGAUGAAUAUCGUUAAGUACUACCACAUCGACAUGAUAUUUCUGGGAAUACCUCACAGCGUAUCGUCGGCCUUUCGAUACAUCGACGGUAAUCUGUACUUUAUCAGUAAAAACCGAUUCUACAAAUUCAACGAAUUUACGAAAACUGUAACGGCAUCCGGCAAAUUUGAUCUUGGGAUCUUCGGUAUUACCUGCCCGAGACAGGGACUGAUGAUGCAACUGCGAGAUCUAUUGAGUCGAUUCGUUCGAAUUGACGCGAGGGAGACGUCGAAUAGAGAAAAGGAAGAAUAG